AAAGAAAAAGCGCCAAAACGGCUUUCGAAGAUGGUGCUGCCCCUUAUCAUUAACCUGCAGACGGCAAAGAGUGAUGGCCACACAAACCGGAUAAGCGCUAUCCUAGAGUUACAACCGCACACACAAUCAGAAUCUGCCACUUCAUUGUUAAUUAUUUCUCUUGGUCGUGAGAUGCCGUCGAAUGGGAAGCUACAAGGCCUCCCUGUCAUCUAUUAGAAAGUUUCAAUUUUGGCUCCCAAAUGAAAUGAGCCGACGAAUAAACUUUGCGUCCAACACUAUUGAUGAUACUCGCUAGUGCCGUCUAAGUAAUCAAUUCAUAUAAUCGUGCAAAUCAUGGCAUUGCAUGCCAGUUUCCACGCAUGCACUCGACUUUGCGUGGCAAAAUGUUCGGGUGAUCGAGAAGAGAGUUUAAAAGAGCGGUCGCCGGCGGAGGAAUUUGCACCCCUAGCGAUGACCUUCCGGCGGCGGCUUCUCGUGGGCGUUGGGUCGGCUUCCCUCGUGGCAGUGGGUGCCAACUUCAGCGGAAUUACCAGUUUUCUUCUGGGGUUGUCGCCGGAGAUUGGCCGGAAUCUUAAGCUCGACGUGGUUUAUCCCAUCGGAGGCUACAAUCGUUGGAUUGACGGUAACGAAGGAUUUGAAUUCAUAUACCCAGCAAACUGGGUGGGAGAUCAGACGCUAUUAUACCGAGCAGCCAAGAAAAAAGAAUUGGAACGAUCAUUGGAUCCGCCUCCUCUCAAUGGUCGGCGCCGUCCUAAUAUCAACGAGCCGGUUGUUGCAUUCGGUCCCCCCGGCUCAACCGGCGAACUCAAUGUCAGCGUCAUCGUGUCGCCCGUUCCUCAGGAUUUCUCGAUUGAAGCCUUUGGGGGGCCUGAAGAGGUGGGUGAAGCCGUGAUCCGGAGCAUCACGAGAUCGACGCAGCUCCCAGACGUGAAAGGAAGACUGAUAAACGCAAACGUGAGAGAGGAUCUUCCGAGAAAAGCAAAAUACUACGAACUGGAGUUUGGAGUGGAGAGUCCUUCGUUUCGGCGGCACAACGUAGCUGUAUGCUGCGCUGCUGCCGGGAGGCUCUUUACUCUAAAUGCUCAGGCACCUGAAUCGGCCUGGCCAGCUUUGCAAUCGCAUUUCUAUCGAAUUGCUCACUCAUUCACCCUCACGGAUUAGGGCUUCGAAAACAAGAAGCUUACAAUUUAUUCACAAAGCAGUGAUAUCAACUCUAAUGUCUCAUGAAAUUGGAAGAUUGAGGACAACAACCUUUUUGUCAAAGCAGUGUUUAACUUGCAUGGCAAUUGGCCAAAAACAGCGACCAGAGGGAGACCACUUCAAAUUUUGAAUGUCUUCUACUGGGAGGGCGUAACAUCAAUUCAACCAUCAUUAUCAGCCACAAAGCAAGCAGAAACUCACUCAUGACUAUGCAUGAUUCUUUUUCUUUUCUAUUACAGUUUGUGAUCGGUCAUAUACACGAUUCAAUAGUCGGUAGCAUGCGACCAUUAUGCAAAUGAGAUGAUUUUUUUGCCUGAAA